ACAUCCACCUCCUAUACUACCACUCACGACACAAUGGGUUUCUUCCACCACGAGUCCGACGAAGCCCAGGCAUACGACCAGGUCGUCAAUGCCCCCCACAAAGCCGAGCUCUCCCAUGAACUGAUUGCCGCAGCCGCGUCCUACGAGGCUGCCAAGGCGUACGAGAAGCACGUCGCUGCGAGCGGCCAGCCCCCCAGCCACGCCAAGGCGAAGGAGCUUCUCGCGGGCUUUGCUGGCGCUUUCAUCGACCGCAUAGUCGAGACCAAGGGCCUUGACUACGUCGACAAGCAGAAGGCCAAGCACCACUCUCAGCAGAAGGUCGACGAGGUGGUCACCGUCGAUAACUACAACAACUACUGAGUGGAGGCAGAUGGAGAUAGAAGGAUUGCAUGUAGAAUAGUUACCUGAUCUGGGCGUUGUAACACUCGCAAUUCAUGGAAGCCUGAUCAACAUGGAGGGAGGCAGUGGGAAACAUCACCGGU